AUCUUUUCUUCUUCUGUAGCAAACUGUUUGGAUAGAAAAUCCAGCCCUCUCCCGACUCCCGAGCGAAGCAGCGAGAGGCUAGAGGCAAGGAAGGAGGCAGCAGCAGAGCAGAGCAGCCAUGGCGGCCGCUGCUCUUCUCUCCCCUCCUCCCUCUCCCUCUCCCUCCCCCACCCCGUCCUCGCUCCACCCCAGGCAAGCCCUCCGCUUCGCGGUUGGCACAGGAGGAGGAGGGCGCGCGCGCGCCACGUCGACGGGGACGAGACGCCGCGCGGCGCUCGUCCCGUGCUCCUCCAGCGUGAGCGCGCGCGGCCCCGCUUCGGGAGGCGACGGGUUGGCCCUGGAGAGGAGGCGCCUGCUGCUGUCCGGCCUCGUGUCUUCGUUCGUGCUCGUCCUCCCGGUUUCAGAUUCGCAUGCUGUUGCCGAGAUGGAUGAAGAUGUGAAAAUGGCUACGCUAGUUGACCCGAUCAAUGCAUAUUCUUUUCUUUACCCAGUUGAAUUGCCAGGAAAGAAAUUCACAUUCAAAUGGGUAGAAUCCAGAAAACCAGAACGAUAUUCCUCUGCUGCACCACUAUCUCCUGAUGCACGGCAACGUAUUGUAUCGGAGCGAGUUGACAUGAUACAUAACGUUGUCAUCUCAGUCUCGAUUGGGCCGCCAAAUUCACGUUUUCCGCCUUCCAAGGACAAGAGCAAGUGGGAUCCAAAAGAUGUUGCUGAUUGGAUUUUGGCUGAAAAAUCUUCACUGAAGGUGACGACAGGCCAACGCAUGACAGAGAGUUCUGUCCUUGAUGCACACUCUUCAGAUGUCGAUGGAGAACCAUACUGGUACUAUGAGUAUCUAGUUCGGAAAUCUCCUACACAAUCUGCACCAGAACCAAAUCUGUUUCGCCAUAACGUAGCCUGCACUGCUGAACGAGAUGGUUACUUGUACUCCUUGAAUGCUUCAACACUCAGCAAGCAGUGGGAAUCUAUGGGGCCUUCUUUACAGAAAACAGUGGCAUCCUUUCACCUCCUACCCCCUACAGAAAAUUAUGUUCCUCCAUACCAGGAUCCAUGGAGAUUUUGGUGACAUUGCAAUUCGUUUCCUCCUUUUACUGUUUCACGUUUUAGGUGAUCUUGGAACAUCAGGUUUUAGAACAUAUUUUCCUGUAAUGGAUGCUUCAGUGAUGUCUGCACUUUCAGUUCUACAAAAUGAAGCCUAGUUCAGUUGUGCAAAAUGAAGCCUAGGGACAUAGUUUGCUUUUGGCAGUCAUCUCAAAUUUUCUAUCUGAUUAUUCAAAUACCAAAAGUAUCUUUUAAAUGCAUA